UGCUUUGAAAAUUUUUUCUCUACCUCGAAAAAGUUUAUAAAAUAAAAAAUUUUAAUUAAACGUUUUAAAAAAGUGAUCCAGCUGUGAAAAAUGUUCAGACCAUCAGGCAAUCAACCAAACAAUAUGAAUUAUCGCAACAAAUAUCAAAAUGCGAAUAAUUUUCAACAAGCAGACAGCUUAAUGAGUCCAAACUUUGAAAACUUGGCUCCGUUUCGCAAAGAUUUUUACAGUCCAGAUCCAUCGAUUUUAAAGAGAUCAUCAGACGAAAUUGAAACUUUAAAUACAAAAUACGAGAUAACAACCAUUGGUCGCGAUGCAGAUAUGUACAAGCCUUUAAAAUUCUUUAAUGAGGCUAAUUUUCCUGAAUUUAUUACAAAUGAAUUACAACGGCAAGGAUUUGUCGAGCCUACAAGCAUUCAAGCAGGCUCUUUGCCAGUAAUUUUGUCAGGUCGUAAUUUGGUUGGAAUUGCAAAAACUGGAUCUGGAAAAACACUGUCUUAUUUACUGCCAGCAUUGAUUCAUUUAAAAGAUCAGCCUACAGUCAGAAACAGUGAAGGUCCAAUCAUCUUGGUUUUGUCACCAACUCGAGAACUGGCACAACAAAUACAAGUUGUUGCUAAUGACUUUGGAAAUUGCAAUAAUAUUUCAAAUUGCUGUAUUUAUGGAGGUGCUGCAAAAAGCAAUCAAAUUCGUGACUUAGAACGCGGCUGUGCCAUUUGUAUAGCAACUCCCGGAAGAUUGAUAGAUUUUCUUGAGCGUGGUGUCGUAAAUUUGAGCCGUUGUACUUAUCUUGUUUUGGAUGAAGCUGAUCGAAUGUUGGACAUGGGUUUUGAACCGCAGAUUAAAAAAAUAAUGUCACAAAUUCGAAAAGAUCGCCAAGUAUUAAUGUUCUCAGCUACUUGGCCAAAAGAAGUGAAAAAUUUAGCUGAAGAAUUUCUCCAGGAUUAUAUUCAGAUCAAUAUUGGAUCAUUAAAUCUUUCAGCAAAUCAUAACAUCAUUCAAAUAAUUGAUGUCUGUGAUGAAACUGAAAAGGAGGGAAAGUUGAUAAAAAUUUUGUCGGAUAUAUCUGCAGAAAAUGAUCGCAAGACGAUUGUUUUUGUCGAAACUAAGCGCAGAGCAGACGAAAUAACACGAGCAAUAAACAGACGCGGAUUUAAUGCUGUAUCAAUACAUGGUGACAAAAGUCAAUCUGAAAGAGACUAUACACUGAGUUCAUUCCGUUCUGGACGUCAUAAUGUGGAAAUAUUAGUUGCAACUGAUGUUGCUAGCAGAGGUCUCGACGUCUACGAUGUGAAAUAUGUAAUAAAUUAUGAUUAUCCAAAUAACUCUGAAGACUAUGUGCACAGAAUUGGCAGGACAGGACGAUUGAAUAAUAUUGGAACUGCAUAUACUUUCUUUACUCCUUCAAACUCACCCAAGGUUAAUGAUUUAAUCAAUGUUUUGCGAGAAGCUAAUCAAAUCAUUAAUCCAGAGUUGAUUGAAAUGAGCAAAAAUUCAUAUGGAAGAAAGGGAAAUAUGCGCAAAACUAAAGGAUUUAUUCCGAAUGCAGGAAUAAAGCGAACUCAUCCCAACAAUAAUGACAUGCUCAACAAAAGGCCACGUAUGAAUAACGCAGUUGGAGACAAUGAUAAUAAGCGUUCAUUUAAUAAUGGUAAUAUGCGUUUCGGUUCCAAUAAUAAGGAGGGUACAAACUACAAAAGUUAUGAUCGACGAAGUUUUGGAUAUCAGCAAAAUGUAUAUAAACCACAAAUUGCAAAUUUUGAUCAAAAUAUACCACAGCAAUUUCCUGUUCCACAUGCUGCUCCAUCUUCUACUUACAAUAACCAUUACCAACAGCAGCAAAUGCAGUUUCCACAAUUUCCAAUGGCAUUCACGUCGUAUCCUCCACCAUCAAUUAUGCCACCAUUACCUAAGAAUUAAACUUUGGUGCAAAUGACUUUGCAGAUCUUUCCUUUUAUUUCACUAAUUAGUUUUAUUAUUUUGAAUUUAAUCAUAUACUUAACAUAAAUUGACACUUGGAGUGAGCUUUAAUCACUCAUUUAAACUUUAAAAAAAAAACACGUCAAUGAUGAAAAUUAGACUCAGUGUGUGAAUAUUUAAGCUACAAAUUUAUGAAUUAAUGCAUUCUUACAUAUUAUAUAAAUAUAUAGAUAUUGAUGAAGUGAUCGACUAAGUGCUCGGAGGAAUGUAAGAUAAAGAUAAAAAAGAAGAGACAAUGAAAUCACUUGUCGUUAAAAUUUAAAAAAAAAGAUUUAUAUUUAUUUAUUAGUUUAUUUCACUUAAAUAAAAAUUGCGUUUCAACAUUUCAAAAGAUAAAAUUUUCUUGGUUUGUUUCAGGAAAUAUAUUUCGGCAUCCAUGGCAUAAAAAUUUGUUGCGAUUAUUUUCAAUGGAGUUCUUGGCAUUUUCUGAAGACUCUCGAAUUCUUUCCAAGUUCUCCAUUCCUUCAAUGUUAGCAGCUAUUUGACCCGAGACACAACGUGAAAAUUCGAUAGCAUACAAGGUCUCUGAAUGAUGGUAAUCUAAAAUUGACUUGCAUAAAAGACAUCGUUGAUUCAUAUCCGUUAUAUAGGAACGAGCCAUUUUGGAAUUAAUUGUGUUAUUUUGACAAGAUAUUGUCUCAUUAUUUGAAGCUAUUUUAUUUGAACAUUUGUAGACAGUUGAAACCGUUGAAUUAUAGCAGUUUUUUUGCAGUUGAUUGAUGAAAUUGGAAGUUAAGUUUUGUAUACUCGCAACAUUAUCAUUCGAUGAAAAAUUCGAAAAUGAGCAAAAUUUUAAAUUAUUAAACUGAACAUAGCUGUCUACUUCAUGUUGAUUCAAAUCCUUUAAUGGUCUUAUAAUUUUUAUACAACUAAUUCGAUCAUCUAAAAACCCGACAUCAUUGGAUACAGACGAUCCUCUUCCAAGGGCUAUGUUACUUAUUAACUUUUUGGCUAAAUCAACACUUAUAUCCGAUAAAAAUAUGUAACUGCAGUUAAGAUGGUGAGCUGUGUCCCGUAAAGCAUUUUUCCUCAUAAUUUCCAUAAAAUCUUGUUUUGAUGAAAGUGUAUCAAUUGAAUGAUAAACCGAUGAAAAUUCUUUUUCAGACUCAAUCAAAGCCAAAACUUUUUCACGCGAGAUUAUAGAUAUAUCAUCAAAUAUUUUAUCUGCAAUCGUUGAAUAGCAGCAAGUGAAACUUGGAAAUUGCUGCAAAAUAUCUUUAAUUUCUUGAAUUUUUGUCAUUCGAUUUCUUAAAGCAUCUUCAGUGUUAGUUGUUGCUGUACAAUUUUCAUCGACAAAUACAAGCUUUAACUUAAAUGAAAGUCUUUUAUACGUUUCCUCUUCAAAUGCGAACUUGAUCAUAUGUAAUAAACAAACGUCUGCAGCUGUUCCUUUAAAAUCAAAUAAAACAUCAGACUGCCGAUUGAGAAUUUUCGAUGAUCCUAAAGUUGCUCGAAACUUGUGUCUGACAUAAUACAAAAAGCAUGACAAACACAUUGCUUCUUUAAAAUCCAGUUUUAUUACACAUUUGUCCACAUUGCAUUUCUUACAAUUCUCAUCUUCUAUAGCAUUCAAAGCAACGUCCUUUAACAUUGUAUGUUUACCUCCUUCAUCACCAAAAUCUGCUUCAGCUACACUACACAUUAUAAUUUUGCUUUUUUUUGAAAAAAAAAUAAUAAAAUUACACGAAAUGUUUAAUUUGUCUAAACACUGUGUACCGC